CUCAAGUAUCAUCCACUUUCGAGCUGUUAAUAAUCUGUUCAGUCACCUCUGACUUAUUCAAAAAAGAUAGUUCAGAAUGAGUUACGUCGCUAAGGACAAGGAGUACGACGCAGCAGGCCCUGUCCCCGCUGCCAAAAUUCACAAAAUCCGCAUCACCUUGACGAGCAGCAACGUCAAGAACUUGGAAAAAUUCUCCGCUGAUCUCAUCAACCGCGCAAAGGACAAGCAGCUCCGUGUCAAGGGCCCUGUCCGCCUCCCCACCAAGGUCCUUAAAAUCACAACCCGUAAGACCCCUUGUGGUGAGGGUUCGAAGACCUGGGACCGCUAUGAGCUCAAGGUGCAUAAGCGCCUCAUUGAUCUGCACUCCUCUAGCGAGGUCGUCAAACAGAUUACUUCCAUCAGCUUGGAGCCUGGUGUUGAGGUUGAAGUCACCAUCUCCGCUUAGGCAUCUAUACUAUGCUGUAUGAAAAACUAGAAGUAGGCAUUGCCGUCUUACACCUUUUUCCGCGUCAUGAAUUGCAUUGUUUCUUAAACCAUGUUUCAUGUCCUUGCUUUGUUGUCGUGAGCAUGUUGGGUUUGGCGGGGAGGAUUAUAUAGUCAUCGCGUGCUUCGAGGCACAACGGCUACAUCUACUAAACUUCCGAGCUUGCGGGUUCAAAGCAAGGUCUAAUGACAAUCAACUAUUCUGUUCUGUCAUGGCUAGGAUUAGAGUCGUGUUCUGCAACCCCUUCCUGCUCAUCUUCCUCAUCCCCCUCGUCCUCCGAAGUGCCGUCAUCUUCACCACUAUCCUCAUAAUUACCACUCGCCUCAUCUUCUCCCUCUCCCUCUCCCUCCUCCUCCUCCUCCUCCUCCUCAGACUCGCUCUCACUUGCAUAGAACUUGUUCAAAUCCCUCCAGUCCUUCGUAUCCUUUG